AUGCUUUCCAAGAACUUCGGUGCGCUACUCUCGGCGCUUCUCCUCGUCGCGGCGCCAUUCGGUGCGGAGGCGGCCACCAUCCAAAAGCCUGGUCUGAAGCAGUCGGAGACGUCGGCGUCUCGUGCCAACCAGAUCAAAGCAGCCUACAAAACCUCGUACCAAGCUUAUCUGAAGUACGCCACGGGCCACGAUGCGCUCCUGCCGCUCUCCAACGGCUUCACUGACCCCUUCGGCGGUUGGGGUGCUAGCGUCGUCGACUCGCUCAGCACGUCGUUCCUCAUGGGCCACAUGGACCUCUACAACCAGGGCGUCGAGUACUCGAAGAAGAUCGACUUCACAAAGACCUCGUCCGAUACCAUCUCGCUGUUCGAGACCAACAUCCGUUACCUUGCUGGUUUGAUCUCGGCGUACGAGCUUGGCGGCAAGAAGGAGCAAAAGCUGAUUGAUCAGGCCAAGGUCGUCGGCGAUCACCUCAUCACGGGGUGGCUUGGCAGCAACCCGCUGCCGUGCAACACGCUCAAGUGGAACAACCUGGCCACGCCCGACGCCUGCACCUCGUCCGGUAUCGCCGAGGGCGGCACGUUGAUCCUUGAGAUGGACCGUCUGUCCAAGUACACGGGCGACCCCAAGUACCUCAAGCUCGCGACCAAGAGCAUGAAGACCAUUGCGCAGUCCAAGGGCGUCUUCCCCGGUCUGUUCCCUCAGGUGUAUGACCCCAAGACCGGUCUGCCCAAGGACGACUAUGUGACGUGGGGCGGUGGAAGCGACUCUUUCUUCGAGUACCUCAUCAAGUACGCCUACCUGACGGGCGACGACCAGAGCCUGUGGAUCCCCACGUGGGUCAACUCGGUGAGCUCGUCGAUCGAGCAUCUUAUCGAACACCCGGAGCAGACGCAGGCUAAGCAGCUCACCUACCUCACCGACUACUCGGCCUCGAACGGUGGCAAUCUGCCUCGCUGGUCGCAUCUCGGCUGCUUUGCUGGUGGCAACUGGAUCCUCGGCGCCAAGAUGAUUGGUCAGGACGCGUUUGAUCAGUAUGGACAGGCGCUGACGGCAGCAUGCGCCAACACAUACACCGCGAGCCCGUCGGGCAUUGGGCCUGAGAGCUUCGUGUUUGUCGGCACCAACAACAAUACGGACGGCGUGCGAAUCAACAACGCCGCCUUCUACCGCAAGAACGGCUUCGACUUUGAGGUGACGCAGUACAUCCUGCGACCCGAGGUGAUGGAGUCGGUCUUCUACGCUUACCGCACCACGGGCGAUGCCAGGUGGCAGGAGAUCGCGUGGAAUGCGUGGAACUCGAUCUAUCGCAACUGCCUCGUCAAGCAGAACGGCGCGCUGGCUGCGCUGGCCGACGUCAACUCGACCUCGCCCACCAAGCUAGACGACUCCGAGUCGUUCCUGUACGCAGAAACGUUCAAGUACCUCUACCUCAUCUUUGCCGAUCCCGAGGUGGCCAACCUGGACAAGUACGUGUUCAACACCGAGGCGCACCCUUUCCUGGUGGACCAGCCGCAGAAGGCGUCGUACAAGGCACCGGCGGUGAAUGUCAAGCCGCCCAAGAAGGACAAGCCCAAGAAGGCCAAGCAGCCGAGCAAGACCGAUAAGGAUGCCCCCGUGCCCAUGUUCUCGAGCCUGCCUGGGCUCAAGCUGCCAGAGGGCGGUGGCAACACGCUGGGAAACCUGCUCGGGUCGAUCGGAAAGCGCACUGCUAGCCAGGUCCGUCGUCACCGCGGCGUAGCGCACAAGAGGAGGCAGGACCAAGACGCGGCUGCCGAGGUCUGA